UGGUUGAAUCGGCAUGGGGUUUGGGUGGAGGGUGCUUGGGCUGGCAACGUUGUUCGUGCGUGCGGCUUCUGCGGUCCCGGUCGCCGAAACCAACAUCUCUAUCAACAACAGUUUUGCGGUAGAGAGGUAUGCUUUUCACUUGUUUCAUCAGGUGAGGUUCUGUUGCGGUUUGGGCGACCAUUUGCCCAGUUGCAUUGCCCAGCUGCUCUCUGGCCGUAUUGUGAGAGUGUCUUGAUGGAAGAGAUUGCGGUUGCCGGUUCCUCAACAACUUGA